AUGGCCACCACUAACGCUGGUCAUGCUCAACAAUGUGGCACCGUCCACCAUGCUCUUGAUGAUAACUAUCAUCCACACAGUCGAGCACAACAAACACAGACAGUUGAAACUUACAACAAUGGCCAUCCAAACGAUGAUGAGCUGAAAAUAAAGGAUUCCUUGUAUCUGUUCAAACAAACCAUUAACGGUCAAAAGAACCUCUGGGGCCUUGUGCCUGAAGAAGAAGAAGAAGAGAUGAGAAAUGUGAAGAAGAGGAGCGACUCUGUUCCUACUUCCGCCGCCGCCAGGAAGAACAAGAGAUCUCAGCAUGCCCGUCAUCGUCACCGCCAAAGAGUCACCACCGCCGCUGCUCGCCGUCAAAGUGCCCCCAAGUCGCUUCAGAACCAGUACGAGGAUGGGUUCCCACCUUGUUGCGAUGGACGUAUGGAGGCCCGUAAAUUUCGCGGUUGCAGGCCUGGCUUCCGUGAUUCGACCAUGUCUGUUUCGAUCAAGGGCAUCGAAUUCACAGCCGUUGCGGUCCCUCACCGCCAGAGGUCUUGCAUCAACACCGAGGUCGCCGAGGGUCUUGGGCUUUGUGUCCACACUGUCUGCUACUACACUGAGCCAUUGCUUGGAAGUUUUGUCAAUCAAACCUUUCACUCGAUUCCAACCUACCUGGGAUCCUCCAAACAGUGCAGAGUGAGUUCAGAGUUUGAUGUGGUGGAUAUGAAGUAUUAUGACGUUUACCUUGGCGCCGACCUUCUGCCCGUCUAUCUCAAGGAGCAUCCCAACUAUGUGCUCUAA